CCGGUGAUGGCAGCGAGUUGCGGGAGGAUGGCCCGGAGGGCACUGCUGCUGUGGGCAGCGCUGGUCAGCUUUCCAGGAUCUUGGUGUGUCAGCGACCUGUUGUUUGUGAAAGAACCUGUGGAUGUAGUCGUUAUUCGGAAAGAUUCAGCAAUAUUAGAUUGCUUGGCUCAAGGGGAACCUCCGGUCACAAUCACAUGGCUGAAAAAUGGAGCAAAGAUUUCCGAGAGUGAACGAAUCUCAACGUUACACAAUGGCUCCUUGUACAUCCAGGAGGUGGAGGGCAGAAGAGGAGAGCAGUCCGAUGAAGGAUUUUACCAGUGCUUGGCUCUGAACAAAUAUGGUACCAUCUUAAGUCAAAAGGCUCAUCUUUCAUUAGCAACUAUGUCUGGCUUUGAAGAACAACCAAUUUCCAUAAAGGUCCAUGAAGGAGGGAUGGCACGUUUCUCUUGUAAAAUUACUGCACACCCUCAGGCUGUCAUUACUUGGGAAGUGAAUCGCACAGCUCUACCUCUUGCUAUGGACAGGAUUACUGUGCUACCAAAAGGUGUUCUUCAGAUCUACGGCAUCACUAAAAAAGAUGGUGGAAAUUAUAGAUGUAUAGCCACCAACCAGCUAAAUAGACGGAAGAGCGCCGAAGCCACAUUGACAGUUUUAUCAGCCAUAGAGGAAGAGCCCUUCCAGAAGCCCGUCAUCAUUGCACCCCCUCAGAAUACAACUACCUCUGUGCAUCAAACUGUUACACUGGAGUGCAUAGCUAGAGGCAACCCUAAACCAAUAGUAUCCUGGAGCCGGCUGGACCAAAAACCCAUUGACGUCUUCAACACGCGAGUUGUGGGAAAUGGAAAUCUUGUUAUAUCUGAUGUGAAGCAGCAACAUGCAGGGGUCUAUAUCUGCCGAGCAACUACACCAGGAACUCGCAAUUACACUGUAGCAAUGGCUAAUGUUAUAGUCUUGGCACCACCUUCAUUUAUUGAGCGACCAGAAAGUUUGACAAGACCGCGUGCAGGAACCGCUCGUUUUGUAUGUCAGACAGAAGGAAUUCCAACCCCCAAAAUCACCUGGCUGAAGAAUGGCAGAAAGAUGCAUUCUAAUGGGAGAAUAAAAAUGUACAGCAGUAAACUUGUAAUCAAUCAGAUUAUCCCUGAAGACGAUGCAGUGUAUCAGUGCAUGGCCGAAAAUAGUCAGGGCUCUUCCAUGUCCCGGGCUAGGCUGCAUGUUGUGAUGUCUGAAGACAGGCCUAGUGCUCCUCGUAACCUCCGAGCGGAGACAAUGUCCAGUUCAGCCAUUAUACUAUCGUGGGAACGGCCGCUGUAUAACUCAGAAAAAGUCAUUGCUUAUUCUGUGCAUUACAUGAAGGCGGAAGGUUUAAAUAAUGAGGAAUAUCAGGUGGUUAUUGGAAAUGACACAAAUCAUUAUAUUAUUGAUGAUUUGGAACCUGCCAGCAACUACACGUUUUACAUUGUUGCCUAUAUGCCAAUGGGUGCAAGCCAGAUGUCAGACCAUGUAACACAGAAUACACUUGAAGAUGUGCCACUCCGUCCCCCAGAAAUCAGUUUAACAAGUCGCAGUCCAACAGAUGUUCUGAUCUCAUGGCUUCCCAUUCCACUUAAAUUCCAGCGGGGAAAAAUCAUCUUGUAUCGCUUAUCCUUCCGAAUAAGCACUGAAAGCUCUGUCCAAGUUCUAGAACUUCCAGGGGCAACACAUGAGUAUUUCCUGGAAGGCCUGAACCCUGACAGUGUUUACUUGGUUCGCAUCGCAGCAGCAACUAAAGUGGGCUGGGGAGAAUCCUCAGUUUGGACCUCGCACAGGACGCCCAAAGCAAGCAGCAUUAGAGCACCAAGAUCUCCAGAAUUACGCUUGGAUCCAUUGAACUGCACAACCAUAGCUGUCAGGUGGCAACAGGAUCCGGAGGACACCGCAACAAUUCAAGGCUACAAACUGUACUAUAAGGAGGAAGGGCAGCAGGAGAGCGGGCCUAUACUUCUGGAUGUCAAAGACUUUGAUUACAACAUUGGUGGAUUAGAUCCCAGAAAAAAGUACCACGUGAGGUUACUUGCUUAUAACAAUUUGGAUGAAGGGUAUCAAGCAGACCAAACAGUCAGCACACCGGUUUGUGUUUCUGUGCCUGAUCAAAUAGUUCCCCCUCCUCCUCCCCCUCAUCAUCUCUAUGCCGAAGCAAACAGCUCUUCUUCCAUCUACCUAUACUGGGGGCGACCUGCAUUUUCCUCUGGACAAGCUAUUAAUUAUACUGUGCGCUGCAAUCCAGUGGGCCUGCAGAAUGCUUCUUUAGUUCUUUAUCUCCAAACGUCUCAGCCUCAUAUUUUAGUCCAAGAUCUUGAAGCAAAUACCAAGUAUGAGUUUGCUGUGAGGCUGCAUGUAGACCAGUUGUCUAGUCCCUGGAGCCCUGUGGUUUACCAUUCCACACUUCCAGAAGCUCCAAAUAGCCCGCCUGUGGGUAUCAAGGUGACACUGAUUGAAGAAAACACUGCUUUGGUCUCCUGGAAGUCUCCUGAGGACCUGGAGUCAACUAUUACCCGUUAUACAAUAUUAUAUGCUUCUAGAAGAGACUGGGCUGCUAACCAGUGGCAGAUUAUGCACAGAGAAGGGGCGAUCACUAUGGCUCUGCUGGAAAAUCUUAUACCUGGAAAUACCUAUCUGGUCAAGAUCUCGGCUUCCAAUGAAGUAGGAGAAGGCCCAUUCUCGAAUACAGUGGAGCUGGCUGUUCAACCCAAGGAGACCAUGCGCAGCAGCAUGAAGUCUAACCAGUUAAACUCUGCCAACAGUCAAGAUUACUUUUAUCACCUGGACCAGAAAUCAAUGACAGGGAUUGUUGUGGGAGUGUGCAUCGCGCUGACUUGCAUCCUCAUUUGUGUGCUUAUAUUGAUAUACCGUAGCAAAGCCAGGAAAGCGUCUAUUGCAAAGAUUGCUCAGCAAGGAACCAAUGGAAUACCCAGUUCAGCUACUUUAAUUUCUCAUGAGACUCAAGAGAGCAAAGCCAUACAUCAAACGGAAGAAAAUAAAGAUCCCUUAAUCCCUACUGUUCAAGUAAAUAACUACUUAGAUACAAAGGGUGGUUCAGAUCUUAUCAUUAAUGGUCAUGGACCAGUUGUAAAGAAAAACACAAAGAAGAUGUUUUUUAAGGACAAUUCUAAAGAGGAUACAGGACAGUCCAAAAGAAGAAUAGUUAGGUCUGCUUGUUUAUAUCAGCCCGGCACAACUGUACUGAGGGGAGAAGAUGGGUCUCCAACUUCGCCUGGUCAUCCUGGCACUUUCCAGAUGCGACAUAGCAUAACAGCCGACACAGAGCAUUCUGGGAACAGUGAAGAGAGCCACGAAACCAGUGAUUCUGGGCGCUAUUCUCACGAGUCUACUGAUGAAAUUCACCUCUGCUCUGUUAUCAGUACCUCGCCAUCCACAGCUGAAUCAUUCAGUGUUCUGGAAUGUGAAAAGGAGCCUGCCUUAAACAAACACGAAAAUCCUUCCAUUGUCUGUUCUUGA